AUGGCUCAGAGACUCGCAUACAGAAAGAGAAACCCUUACAACACCCGGUCCAACAAGGUCAAGGUCGUCAAGACCCCCGGUGGAAAGCUUGUUUACCAGCAUGUCAAGAAGAUUGCUUCGAAGCCCAAGUGCGGUGGAUGCGAGCACUUCCUCCCUGGUAUCCCCGCCCUGCGACCAAGACAGUACGCUACCGUCUCGAAGCCCACUAAGACCGUCCAGCGUGCCUACGGUGGUGUCUACUGCGGAAACUGCGUCCGAGAGAGAAUCGUCCGCGCUUUCUUGAUCGAGGAGCAGAAGAUCGUCAAGAAGGUCGUCAAGACCACCGCCGCUGCUGCGCCCAAGGCCGAGAAGCCCAAGAAGAAGACCGCCAAGAAAUAA